AAAAAAAAAAAGAAAAAAUCCUGGUGGUGGGUCAGGUUUCGAGUGUCCGAGUUGAACGGCCGGGUCAGUCCGAGUCGUGGGAUCCGGUAGCGGUAGGCACUGGGAAGUGGCAACAAAUAAUCCCACGACAACAUGGAUGCGAAAUUUCCCGAGAAAAAGCACUUCACAGGCGGACACAGAGAGAAGGAGAGGAAAGGAAAAAAACAAAAAGAAAAUUAAGGGAAAAGGGAUAAUGUUAUAGUUACAGUUAUAGUUAUAGUUAUAGUAGUGUGGGAUUUGGGAACGAGUAGAGGAAGACGAGGUAGUAAUCUAUGAGUACUGAAAAGGCUCCCGCCGCUCCUUCCGCUCCCUCGGCGGUCGAGCUUUGCAAGGGCGUCAAUGGCCUCGACAAGCUCGUCCUCCGCGAGCCGCGUGGCAGCUCCGCCGAGGUGUAUUUAUAUGGAGGUCAUGUGACAUCUUGGAAGAAUGACCAUGGGGAGGAGUUGCUUUUUGUCAGUAGUAAGGCUGUAUUUAAGCCUCCAAAAGCAAUUCGUGGAGGAAUUCCAAUAUGCUUUCCUCAAUUUAGCAAUCUUGGUUCUCUUGAGCAGCAUGGGUUUGCAAGAAACAGGUUUUGGACAAUUGAAACCGACCCACCUCCUUUUCCAACAACUACUUCCAGCAAGACUUUUGUUGAUUUAAUCCUUAAGCCUUCUGAAGAAGAUAUGAAGAUCUGGCCUCAUGGUUUUGAGUUCCGUUUGAGGGUAGCAUUGGGACCUGGAGGAGACCUGAUGUUGACAUCUCGCAUCAGGAAUACCAACACUGAUGGAAAGCCAUUCACAUUCACAUUUGCAUAUCACACCUAUUUCUCUGUUUCAGAUAUCAGUGAAGUUCGGGUAGAAGGACUGGAGACACUGGAUUAUCUUGACAACUUGCAGAAUAGGGAGCGUUUUACUGAACAAGGGGAUGCAAUAACUUUUGAGUCAGAAGUGGACAAGAUAUAUCUGAGCACUCCUACAAAGAUUGCAAUUCUUGAUCAUGAAAAAAAGAGGACCUUUGUAAUACGCAAGGAUGGACUUCCAGAUGCUGUGGUAUGGAAUCCCUGGGAUAAGAAGGCAAAGGCUAUGACUGAUUUUGGAGACGAUGAGUACAAGCAUAUGCUAUGUGUGGAGGCUGCUGCUGUUGAAAAACCUAUCACACUGAAACCUGGCGAGGAGUGGAGAGGAAGGCAGGAGCUUUCUGCCGUUCCUUCCAGUUACUGUAGUGGGCAACUUGAUCCUCAGAAAGUUCUACAGGGCAGCUGAAAGAUCCGUCAUACUGGACCAUAUCCUGUACAGGUAUUGAAUGGUGCAGUCAUAGUCUUUGAUGAGCUCUAGCCACCUACACUAUCUCAUGUUUAGCUUUUUCUGGGUGAAGAAGCAUCUAAGACUCUUGUGGUCGGUGUAGAUCUCAUACUUGCGUUAGGGAAGAUUGCUCCUUCUAGUUAGGUGCUUCCUUGUGUAUACUUCCAGUGUACUUAGGGGUGCCUAAUAAUUAUUGUAGGGAAGAUUUUGACCGUGGAUUACAUGAAAUAAAGCAGCAUUAUGGUGAUGGAUUGGUGUUGCAUGUGCAAGAUUAAUUGGGGAUCCAUUGAUCAUCUUUUGCUCGCCUGUGAAGUUGUUAGAGGUUUGUGGGUUUUGGUUUUCCGUCUUGUUGGGAUAGUGUGUGGUAGCGAAUAGCGUGAGAGAUACAAAUAGAGUGUGACGUAGCGAAUAGUGUGUGAGAUAUAGAAUAGAAGGAGCGAAGUCUUCUACUAGAAAGAAUGAACCAAAGCUUGAGAGAAAACGAUAAAAACUCAAUUUCAAUUGUAUUACAAAAGGAGACACCCUAAAAGGCAAUAAAUCAGCAAAGAAGGAAAUGAUAACAAGAAAAGGCAAGCUAAAAUAUUAAAUAGGAAAAUAACAACACUAACAUCAAACUAGAGUCAACACUAAGCGGGUUCCUAUAUGGAUAGCAGAAAAAAUUACCCCGCGUGGGAUUCAAAAGUGGGUUUCCAUAUUCAGGCUGCUGACAAAAUCCGACGAGU